UUACAGCUGGAAACUAUUUGCUUUUACGUAGUUGUAUGACUUGGCUCUUCAAACAUAAAGGUUAACAGGAAGAUGGCAAGGGCGCAGCCUAAACGUCACCUUUUGGCUUUCUUGGCCUGAUGCUGAACUCCAGAGGUUGAACCCCAUAUGGGGGUUGGAAGGCAGCAGAGAGGACCUUUUCAAGGCGUUCGUGUGAAAAAUUCGGUGAAGGAACUCCUGUUGCAUAUCCGAAGCCAUAAACAGAAGACUUCAAGCCAGGCUGUGGAUGAUUUUAAGACACAAGGUGUGAACACAGAGCAAUUCACAGAACUGAAGAACACAGCGCCAUCUAGUGGAAAAAGGAAAGGUCCUGACUCAUUGCCUGAUGGCGCAGCCUGCAAAAGGUCCACUCUGUUGCAUUCCCAUCUUUUGACACCACCCCAAACACCAACACCAGGGGAGAGCAUGGAAGAUGCUCAUCACAAUGAACCCAAACAUGACAGCAGUGCCGAUCUGCUUCAGAACAUCAUCAACAUCAAGAAUGAAUGCAGCCCUGUUUCCCUGAACACAGUCCAAGUUAGCUGGAUGAGCCCUGUGGUCCCUCAGAGUUCUCCCAGAGAGCAGUGUCAGGACUUUCAUGGAGGGCAGGUCUUCUCUCCACCUCAGAAAUACCAGCCGUUUCCAGUCAGUGGCUCCCCACAAAUGGUGGAUCAGGCUUCCUUGUACCAGUACUCGCCACAGAACCAGAGUGUGCAGCAACAGCAACAACACAUUUAUAGCCACAACCUAAAUCUGGAAUAUAGUCCUUAUUCCAGAAAUCAGUCCCCCAACUAUGAACCACAUCUCUUUGAUGGUCAGGAACCUCAGUUCUGCCCAAACCAAAGUUUUGCAUCUCUUCUAAGUAGUCACAGGGAAUCUGAGAAUAUUGCUGUUCCCAUUCAGACCCCUCCUACUAUCCAACAACAAAAUGAUGCCCACCUGCAGAACUUUAGUAUGAUGCCCAAUAGUGCCUGUGAGGCUAUGGCGGGGCACAGUACAGGCUCUCCCCCUUUAAACACCUCAUUGUCAUUCCACAACAUCACCGGAAGUUCAAUGAACACCACACAGUUAGGAAAGUCAUUUUUUCAGUGGCAAGUAGAGCAGGAAGAAAGCAAGUUGGCAAAUAUUUCUCAUGACCAGUUUCUUUCAAAGGAUGCAGAUGGUGACACGUUCCUCCAUAUUGCUGUUGCCCAAGGACGAAGGGCACUUGCCUAUGUCCUUGCAAGAAAGAUGAACGCACUUCACAUGCUGGAUAUUAAAGAGCACAAUGGACAGAGUGCAUUUCAGGUGGCUGUGGCUGCCAAUCAGCACCUCAUUGUACAGGAUCUGGUGAACCUUGGGGCCCAGGUGAACACCACAGACUGUUGGGGAAGAACACCUCUGCAUGUCUGUGCCGAGAAGGGUCACUCCCAGGUGCUUCAGGCAAUUCAGAAGGGAGCUGUGAGGAGCAAUCAGUUUGUGGAUCUUGAGGCAACCAACUACGAAGGCCUAACUUCUCUUCACUGUGCAGUUGUGGCCCACAAUACUGUGGUGCAUGAACUCCAGCGGAACCAAGAACCCCAUUCACCUGAAGUUCAGGAGCUUUUACUGAAGAAUAAGAGUCUAGUUGACACCAUUAAGUGUCUGAUUCAAAUGGGAGCAGCAGUGGAAGCUAAGGAUCGUAAAAGUGGACGCACAGCCCUGCAUUUGGCAGCCGAAGAAGCAAAUCUGGAACUCAUUCGCCUCUUUUUGGAGCUGCCCAGUUGCCUAUCCUUUGUGAAUGCAAAGGCUUACAAUGGAAAUACCGCCCUCCAUGUUGCUGCCAGCCUGCAGUAUCGGGUGACACAGUUGGAUGCAGUCCGCCUGCUGAUGAGGAAGGGAGCAGAUCCGAGUACUCGGAACUUGGAGAAUGAACAGCCAGUGCAUUUGGUUCCUGAUGGCCCUGUGGGAGAACAGAUCCGACGGAUCCUGAAGGGAAAGUCCAUUCAGCAGAGAGCCCCACCAUAUUAGCUCCACUGACUUGGAGCCUGGUCGGCAACACUCACUGUCAGUUAGGCAGUCCUAAUAUAUCUGUACAUAGACCAUUUGCCCUGUAUUGGCAAAUGUAAGUUGUUUCUAUGAAACAAACAUAUUUAGUUCACUAUUAUAUAGUGGGUUAUUUU